AUGCCAGACGAAGACGAAGCUGCGCGAGAUGUGGCGAAGGUGAUGUCGGUUGUAGGGCCUCUUCUCAAGAGUUACCAGCACCGCCACGAGGAGCUCGCCGGGUUGCUGACUGCGUCGCAGGCGAGCGCGGCGUCCGCCACCGCUGGUGCCAGAGAGCUGUCCCAAGAUCACCUGCAGACGUUUGGGCGGCUCGAAGAGGGCUGCGCCGGGCUUCGUCAAGAGUUAGACGUUGCUGCUGCCACUGCUGCAGCAGCAGCAGAGGCAGCCAACAGUCUUUCCGGUACGAACAUUCCGGAACAGCGAGGCAGCGGCGGCAGCAGCCUCAGCAGGGCUGAAGUCGCCACCCAGCGACGACUAGCCGCGGUGUCGGAGGCCGAUACCCUUGCCGCGCGCUACCGCUCUCUCGUUCAGCGGAGGCGACGCAUGCGCUCGGCGCUCCGCGUGCUGGAAGUGUCUGAGAAGGGUAGGGCUGCCCUUGAGGCCGGAGCGGAAACCCGGGGGCAACUCGGAGCAAGAGCCGAAGAAACCAUGAAGGCAAUCGAGUGUCUCCGCGGCCUGCUUGGGGAGUACCGUGACGGCAGCAGCGACGGCGCAAGAUCGCCAUCACCGGCAGCGGCAGCCUCAGCUGCGGCUGGGCGAGGGGAUGGCGACAAGCACGAUGGCGCCGGUGGUGGCGGGCCGACGACAACGGCGGACGGCGAGCUCGCGAGGGUGACCCAGGGACGUCUGGAGUGGCUCACGCAGCGCCUAAGGGCUCAACUCUCCUCCGAGCUCGCCGCCGCUCUUCGCCAGGCGGACCCCCUCGCGGCCGCCCCCGUAAAGGGGGCCGGAACUGGAAAUGGGACCCGGGGGGGGGGGGGGAGGGGAAGGGGCUUCGGAGGCAGACGAGGAACGACGGAGGGAAGGGCUGGCUCGCGUCAAGGGCCGGAAUGGUUCCUGUCUUUCCUCCUGCGAGCCUUGGAGGCAUACCGUCCGCUGCUGCUGCUGCUGGCGCUGCCGCCCCCGGCCGAGGGAGCGCCGGAGUUGGAGGCGAGAGAGGCGGGCAGGGGAGGGGGGAGCGUGGACCCGUUGGCCUACUUCGCGCGAGGGCUCGCCCUGCUGGCUAGGCGACGACUACGCGCCCAGCUGGGCGAGGCUGCCGCAGACGAGUCGCUCCUGUCCCACACCGUCGAGGAGGCGCUAGCUUUCGACAGAUGCCUGGACCGGGAGGCGGGGUACGCCGAGUGUCCCGCCAGGUUCCCUCACCAGACGUGGCCGAGGUGCGUAGAGGUCUUCGCCCAGGGCGAGCAGCGUUUCGAGCGGUGGAUGGAGUCGGACGCCAAGGCCGCCAAGGCCAAGCUAGCGGAAGCCGCGGCGUCGCCGGGUGCCUGGAGAGCGGUCGAUUGGAAGAACGGUCCUCGGUCUUCGACGCCAGUCACGCCCUCGGCGGUGGCGCUGUGCCGACUGUUUUCCGACGUCACGGAGCGGUACCGCCCCCUACGGGACCCCCUGAAGCAGCUACGCUUCGCGAAACAUGUCCAGGAGCCGGUCCUGCGAUCGGCCUCCGGGGGGGGGGAGGCCACAAAAGGGGCCCCGGGGGGGGGGGGGGGGGCGGGGGGGGUAACCUCGGCGGCCGACGGGCUAACGGCAACCUGGGCGGCCGCCUUGGAGGCGGCGAUGGUGGGCCCUGGGCAAGAGGACGGGGGGGAUAAGUCGCCCAUCGGCCGCUGGAGGGGCUACUGCCUGGCCCUGGCGUCGUGCGCCUACGUCUGCGCCGUCCUUCGCGAGUCUGAGGACGACAUGCUCUUCGCCGACAUGGCCGAGACGGCGGCGGCUGCCUGGGCCGCGGCGAGGGAGGUGUCCGGUGAAGGGCGAGCGGCAAGGCCUUCCUCGUCGUUGGGGUCUGUGGGGAAUGUCGUCGGCGCGGCGGUAGGGGGCGUGUCCCACGCCGUCACCGAACUGGCGACAACGGCAGAGACAGCCACUGCGGGUGUCGCGCGUGCGGUCGGGGUGCAAGGUUCGAUCAUCGGCCCCACGCACGCUAUAUCGGCCGCGCUGACGUCGCUCAAGGGCGCCGCCCGCCGCGUCCGAAAGGGCGCCUCCGGAAACCGCAACAACGGUACCGACAGCGGUAGCGGCGGGGCUGGGACGGCAGCUUCGAUGAUUGUGGAGGAGGAGGGGGAUGGGGGCGUCCGAGAUGACGGGAGCGAUGAAGGCGUUGCUGGUGAGGUGGAAGUCGGCGACGGCGGUUUUGUCGGCGAUGCCACGACGGCGACAGAAAAGAGAGAGGCUCCCGCCGCCGCGGAUACGGUGGUCGGGGGAGAGUUUGAGGGGUCCGUCUUCGGCGAGGAGGCUAGGCGGUACGAGGUCAUGCUCGAGGCGAUGCUGAGGGGCGCGGUCGAGUCCUGCCGCGAUGGCUUCCUGUGGCGCACGAGGUCGUACUUGCGGGCGUGGGACAGGGGUAUCGCUGUCGUCGUGCGCGCCUCCUCGGCGGCGGCCUCGUCAGCCCUGCCCGGUGGUUCAUCGUCGUCAUCGUCGUCGUCUUCCGCGGCCGAACCCUCGGGACGUCUUUGCGAGGGGGUGGAGCUGCUCGAGACGGCAUUGGGAGUGGCGGAAGGGUGUCUUCCCCCGGGCCAGUUCCAGCAGUUCUGGACGGCGCUGGCGAGCGAGCUGGACCUGACGCUAGUAAAGCAGAUCGUCGCCCGCAGGGUGGAGAUGAGCCAGGACGAGGGGCUGCAGCUGUUGGCGGACCUGAAGGUGCUGAUGGGUCCGUUCGACUCUCUCGCGCGUCGCCGGCCGGAGAGGCACUUCCCUGCGCUAGCCGAGGCGGCGGUGCUGCUGUCGCUGGAAAAGGAUGGGCGAACACACGCACGCAAGGGCAUGAAUACGACAAAACGGACUCUACAUAUCGAAGGAUCUUUAUUUGCUCAGUCCCAGCUGCGGUCGCUGUCUUCGGGCCUGGAUGCCCACGGUGGGGGUGUGGAGGAGGCCGUGAGGGGGGGCGGUUGGGACGGCUGGCGCGAAGAGGGCGGCGCUCUAUCGCCGGAAGGCACACAGAUGCGUGACAUGCUUGAGAACGUCGGCGUUCGACGGAUGGGGCCCGCGGAGGCCUCCAUCCUCCUGGACAAGCGGCUGAAGGGAGACCGUCUUGCGGUGCUCGGCUACCUCUCUGCUGCCGCCGGCGAGAACGGGGGCGGCGGCGGCGGCGGCGGCUCUCACCCCGCGGCGGCGGGUUUCGCGGAGGCUGGUGUCGUCGGAGUAGCGCCGAGAGGCGGCGACGGCAGGCCUGAUGGCACGUUCACUGGGCCCGGCGUUGGAGGAGGUGGGGUCGGCGGCAGCCGGGAAGGAGCGGUGCCGAGGGAGGCGGUGUCUUCCUUUGGGUGA